GUGUACAUAGUGUAUAUGGGGGAGCGUUCACCGGAUGAUUUAUCUGCAGAAUCAGUCCACAAUGGCAUGCUCGAACAAGUCCUUGGCAGUGCUGCAUCAGAAUCUCUAGUUUACAGCUACAAGAAGAGCUUCAAUGGCUUCGCAGCAAAGCUCUCCCAGGAUGAAAUGCAGAAGAUUGCUGGCAUGGAAGGUGUAGUAUCUGUGUUCCCUAGCAAAACCAAGCAGCUUCACACCACAAGAUCAUGGGAUUUCAUGGGCUUCUCGCAGAAAGUGAGUAGGUCAGCCUUUGAGAGUGAUGUCAUCGUCGGCAUGAUCGACACCGGCGUAUGGCCGGAAUCUGACAGCUUCAAGGACGAUGGCUUCGGUCCACCGCCGAGCAAAUGGAAGGGCAUCUGCCAAUCCCCUGCAAACUUCACUUGCAACAACAAGCUCAUCGGAGCCCGAUUCUACCAUACUGACGGGAAGUUGCCUGAAGGAGAGAUCAACUCUCCACGAGAUUCGGAGGGGCAUGGGACCCACACUGCAUCAACCGCUACCGGUCGCCUAGUUAGUGGUGCAAGUCUACUUGGGUUGGGCGAGGGGACAGCUCGAGGUGCAGUGCCAUCGGCCCGGAUUGCAGCUUACAAGGUCUGUUGGUCCGACGGCUGUGCUGACGCCGACAUCCUGGCAGCCUUCGAUGAUGCAAUUGCUGAUGGUGUCGAUAUCAUAUCUAUUUCUGUGGGUGGUUUUGGACCUGUGGAUUAUUUUCAGGACUCCAUUGCGAUUGGGGCGUUCCAUGCCAUGGAGAGAGGGAUCCUUACGUCGAAUUCAGCUGGUAAUUCAGGUCCCGGACCAUCAACGGUCUCGAAUUAUUCGCCAUGGACACUAACAGUUGCAGCUAGUAGCAUUGACAGACAGUUUCUGACCAGAUUAGUAUUGGGUAAUAAUAAGACUUAUGAGGGACCAUCUAUCAAUACUUUCAAUCUUGGUGACCAGUUGUAUCCUUUGGUAUAUGCCGGAAAUGUCCCAAACACUUCCGCGGGCUAUGAUGGCUCUGAAUCAAGGUUUUGUGGUGCCGGCACGCUGGACGGUGGAUUGGUGAAAGGGAAGAUCGUUCUAUGUGAUGGAUUGCACGCGGGAGUGGGGCCGCUGCUUGCCGAUGCCAUGGGUGCCAUAAUGCAAGAUGAUUUAAACUCUGAUGAUGCCUUUGUUUUUCCAUUGCCGCUGACAGUUCUAUCGGUGAAAUCGGGUUCAGAAGUUUUCCAAUACAUAAACACAACAAGGAAUUCAACUGCAAACAUACUUAAGAGUACUGCUGUUAAAAAUCAAAUCGCUCCUGUUGUAGUUUCCUUCUCUUCGCGAGGGCCAAAUCCUAUAACGAGUGACAUUCUCAAGCCUGAUUUAACAGCCCCAGGAGUUGAAAUAUUAGCGGCAUGGUCGCCAAUUGCUUCAAUGUCAGUAUAUGGUGGUGACCCAAGAAGUGUAUCAUACAACAUAAUCUCAGGGACAUCCAUGUCGUGUCCCCAUGCAACCGGGGCCGCUGCUUACAUCAAAUCAUUUCAUCCAACAUGGUCUCCUGCAGCUAUUAAGUCCGCCCUAAUGACGACAGCCUACCCCAUGACCGCUGCCACGAACACAGAUGCGGAAUUCGCAUAUGGUGCCGGUCACAUAAACCCAGUUCUAGCUAUAAAUCCUGGCUUGGUCUACGAUGCCGGUGCGCGUGAUUACAUUGAAAUGCUAUGUAAGCAAGGUUACACUACAAAUAUGCUAAGGCUCGUGACUGGCGACAAUAGCACUUGUACUAACACUGCAAAUGGGACUGUUUGGGACCUUAACUAUCCAUCCAUCGCUCUCACUGUUCCGUUGGGGAUAUCCUUCGUGGGUUCCUUCAAUAGGACCGUUACAAAUGUAGGGUCGGAAAAUUCGGUCUACAAUGGGAACGUGUGGGGCCCACCAGGAGUGACCCUAAGUGUCACGCCCAGUGUCUUAACAUUCAAGAGCAUUGGGGAGUCGCAAUCUUUUGUGGUGAAGGUUGAAGGGAAGAUAUCUAAAAGCAUGGUGUCGGGUUCUUUGGUGUGGAAUGAUGGUGUGCGUCGAGUGAGAAGUCCUAUCGUUGUUUAUUCAUCUGAUGCGUAGAAUUCGUGGGGUGAAGCAUGAAUAAGGUAGACUUUUUUUUAUUUUUAUUGUUGGCUGUGAUAUGUCAGCUUAGAAGCAUGGAUUGUGUAAUGUGUUUUGUUCUUCUUCCUUUUUUUUUUUUCAUUAUUUUUCAAGAGAAAUAUGGAAUUUUUGUUUAAUUAUAAUCUUGAGAUUGUUACUUCAACGCCGUGUGGAACAUCUGGGUCAUGCAUGAUCUGCCUGAUGAGUGGACCAUCCUGUCAUCUACACGUUGGAUGUCCCACACGUGUGAUGCUGGAGUGCACUGCAUCGUGUUCAGUUUUACAGUCCCUCGGUGUACAUUGAUACACCAUCCUCUAACGUCUCGAGCUUUUAGAGUUGUUGUUUGACAUGGUAUCACAACGGAAGGUCCUGUUUUCGAAUAUUGAGAGCAUCAAAUAUGCUUCCAUGCUAUAUUGUUAAAGUCCCUUAAUAUCUAAAGGCUCAAACUUUUAGAGCAAGUGGUUAUUGUUUGAUAUUUAAGUGUUUGUGCAUGGUCUUAUCAAACCUUGCUGUACAAUAAACAUUACUGUCUCGUCAUGUCAAGAAAUCAGGGCAUGUGGGCCACUAGAUCAGCAGUUCUGCUCACCGUAGAUAAUUGUUGCGUGUAUAGUGGAGAUGGUUGGAAUAGGGAAUUAGUCAUAUCUAACGCUAGCCUUUCUAGGUAACCCUUUCGAUCAUAUUGAAAAACUCUUGUGGGUUAAUUGCCUUGGACUAG